UUAACGUGGUGAGGGGGAGACGCUGGAAUUGGGAGAAAAGCAGUGAAAAAAAUACAGAUAUAUAUAUAUUUUUUUAAAGGUGUUUGCGUUUUAGGUUUAGUGCUGUUUUGGGAUAUAUUUUGACGGUGCUGGCGUGUUGUGCAUGCGGUGUGCAGAAGAGAUGAUAUGUUGGGACAGAUGAAGUGCCGACGGGAGAGGUUGAAGGGGAAAGGUAUGUGAAGAUUGGUGUCGGUGGGUGUUGGGUACCCUACAACGCUGCUGACCCGGGCACCCGCCACUGAUCUCGGGACACGGCGGUGACCGCAGCCGGCACACGGACGCCUCCUUCCCUUCACAUAGUGCCAGCCCACUCCGAAUCAAUAAAAGGGGCAGGCAUCAUUCCCUCUCUCCACCACACACCGCCAGAAUGAGCGCACAGAGUUGCUGGGGCUACGGAGAUGAUAACGGUCCCUUGAACUGGCACAAGAAGUUUCCAUUUGCCCAGGGGAACCGGCAGUCACCCAUCAACAUUGUGGGUGCCGAGGCGGUCUACAACCCCGACCUGGGGCCGGUCACCAUCUCUUACAGUGGCUGCUCCUCCAUGUCCAUCUGCAACAACGGCCACUCGGUGGUGGUGGAGUUUGAGGAUUGCAACGAUAAGACAGCGGUGAGCGGAGGACCCUUGGACCACCCCUACCAGCUGAAGCAGUUCCACUUCCACUGGGGCCAGAAGCAGCAACAAGGAUCCGAGCACACUGUCGACGGCAAGAAUUACCCUGGAGAGCUUCACCUGGUUCACUGGAACUCGACCAAAUAUCAAAGCUUCGGCGAGGCGGCAGCGGAGGAGGAUGGCUUGGCCGUGGUCGCCGUGUUCCUGGAGAUGGGUGACAGACACGCUGAUCUCCACAAGCUGACAGAUGCCCUGUACAUGGUGAAAUUUAAGGAAACGCAAGCCCAGUUUAAGAAGUUUGACCCCCAGUGCCUGCUGCCCGACUGCAGGGAUUACUGGACUUAUGCCGGCUCGCUCACCACUCCUCCGCUCCACGAGAGUGUGACCUGGAUUGUCUUCAGGGAGCCCAUCAACGUGUCUGAGAAGCAGAUGGAUAAGUUCCGGAUGCUUCUGUUCUCGGACGAGAACCAGUCGGAGAAGAUACGAAUGGUGGACAACUACCGGCCCCCUCAGCCCCUCUGUGGGAGGAGGGUCUCUGCUUCUUUCCAGUCAUAACCCAAUCUUCUCCCCACCCCUGAUGCACACCAGCAGCCCACCCAGAGGGCACGGUGCGGGGACCCUGCAGUUAUGGACCCUAAAUGGCAAUUGGCCUCAACUUAUCCUCUCAUGUUGGAGAUGGCACCAGUUCAGGAUGUCUCUCUGGGCUCCAUACAUUACAUGGUGGUGCGGGGCCUGGGUUGUUGGCGAGAUCUCACCCCUGCUCAUAGUUUCACUUCACUCCUUACUCGAAGUAACUUGGCCUGUGCGACCAGCAUUGAAAUUCACCGACACAGGCGGGCAUCACGAUGGUGCAGCGGUAGAUUUGUUGCCAUACAACGCCAGAUCCAGACCCCGAGUGCUGGCUGCAUGGAGUUUGUAUGUUCUCCAUGUAGCCGUGUCGGUUUUCUCCGGGUGCUGCGGUUUCCUUCCGUAUUCCAAAGACGUACAUGUUUGUAGGUUAGUUGACUUCUCUAAGUGUG